GUACCUACUUACACACUUCUUCGCGUUUCGACCAGACUUUUUUCUCUAAUUUUUUCGUAUUUUUUUCUCCACGACCUUCGACAAUGUAUUUAUACAGGAAACGAUGAAGAUAUAACACGCGUAUCGAAACUACCACGCCGAAUAAAAAGCUAUCGUACUGCCUUGAGCGAAAAAAAGAAAAAAAACUGAACCAAUUUUAAGCGUUUCUUGUUUCGAUAUCGCGCAGCAAGUUGCCAGUCAUUGUUUUAACGACAAUUCUAGAUGAACGAUGUGUUGUUAUUGAUACGACGACGAUGCCCGAAGAUGAUGUGUUUAACCGCAAUAAUCGUUUUAAUGAUCGUUGUUCGAAUUGAUUUUAUGCUCGUAUCAGCCGACGAUCGUGAUCCUGCUUCUGAAGUCGAAGUGCUACCCGAAGCGAUACGAAACGAGCGUAAAAAAGUGCUCAUAUUUUGGUCCAUCAUGUACGAAGUAUGUCAAACGUUCUGCGUUUGGAAAAAAUUCUGCAACCCAUUCUGCGAACUUUUCAAUAUCGAGGACGAGCCCAGAUUCGACAUGGGCUUCUUCAAAGAAUCCAAGAAUUCGAGGCAAACCUUAUGGCUUUACGAUACCGCGACCAAAAUCUGCGAAUCGGAUUUACUUUGCGUGGAAAAGUGCUUGAAAAUGGAACUGAAUAGCGAAGACUACGAUCAAACUUUACGAUCCAAGGAAACCACCGAUAAUGUAUUCAAGGCUUUGUACGACAUCGCGAAGAAAUACUUUAUUAAAUGCGCCGAACAAAAUGAUAAACCGGAGGAAAACGUUGAUUUGUUGACCGUAGAUGAUUUUUGCCAAGAGGCUACCAACGGAUGGAGCGAGUAUAUUCAAAAAUGUAUCAGUUCUUUGACGGAGGAAGCUAGGUAGGACGAAGGUGGUACAAUUGUGUUUUUUGUUGGUAAAUUUUUUAUAAAAUAAAAAUAUAUUUAAAUAAAUAUUUCGAAGCUGUGG